AUGCAAGACAAUACUUCUGACUCUUCAACUUCAAUAACUCAACUUCUGAGAGAGAGCUAUUUAGCUGAAAACAGCCAUCAAGGUAAUAGUGAAAGGAGCAGGUCAGAAUCUUCUCUGCAUUCUGUCCAUUCUGGGUGUGCCUCCAGGGCUUCUGAUGAGGUAACUGGCCAGGAUGAACUGCCAGAUCUUUCUGCCUUUUUGAGCCAAGAAGAGCUAGAUGAGAGUGUGCAUUUGGCCAGACAAGCUAUCAAUCAAGAGCCACCUGAGAACAGCCAAGAAGAAGAACAGCAGAUCCAUGUGUUUUUACCCUCCGAGUUGAAAAACUCUGAAAAUAUUAUUUCAAAGAAGCAGCAGUGCCAAUCUACGGCUUCGCCAACUUCAGGAAACCACCCAAAGAAGCAGGCAUUUGGGUCAGAGACAGAAUCAAAGAAAGAGUUGCUCAACAAGGCUGCCGAUUUUAUUGAGGAGCUUUCUUCUCUUUUCAAAGCACACAGUUCAAAAAGAAUCAGGCCCAAGACAUGCAAAAACUACAGGAGCAAACUUGAAUCUAAGCACAAGGCCAAUCAAGACAGUUUAUCUGAAAACAGGGAAAGGCCUUGUGUUCCAAUAUCUCAAGAGUCAGAUCAAAUUCAGCCUUCACUGGAAAACCCAGCUUAUCCUCAACAGGCAGAUGUGGAAGUGGUCCACACCUUAGAAACUCCAGUAUUAACCACAGAGACAUCAGCUGCACCUUUUUAUUCUGAGGAGCCCAUAGGUCAACCACCACAUUUUACUCAGAAACUGAAAAGCAGAGAGGUCUCUGAAGGAACCAAAGUGCAGUUGGACUGCAUUGUAGUAGGAAUACCAACACCUGAAAUCAGGUAA